UUUAACACAGUUCCUACUGCGCUGAACACAGGAUGAGGGACAGAGAGAAAGAGAGUUGGAACUGCAGAAGUUGCUGGUCAGACAUCAUAAGUGGAACUCUAAAAGCAUCCAGAGAAGCAAGAACAACAUUUUUCUGUUUUCGGAGGGAGAAAACUUGUUAAAAAGAGAAUGAUGGAAGGAUGAGAUUUAAAUGCCAUGGGGGGAUGAUCAGGAGAAAACAGAACCGGAUGUAAGUAUUUAAGGAGAAGAUUCAGGAUAUUUUCCUGUGUCACCCAAAAACACACUUCGGAAUCUUCCGGAGUGCCUGCUGUGCUGAACGCAUCAACUGUCUGAUCUAAAAAUCGGACAUCAAGCCUGAGAUUACUGCACGCAGUCUUCAGGAACUGUGAGUUGGACUGCUGUUUUAUGCACUUGGUUGGAGGGUAGAAUGAGAAGCGUUGGCGUCACGCUACUCUGGGUGCUGUUUUCAAGCUGGACCAUCCAAACGCACGCUCAGAUGAGGAUAUCGCCCGAAAUAGUUCAACAGUGGGCCAGUGUGUUUGGAAAACAACUUUCCGCCUUGUCGAACAGAUACUCGGGCGCUCAACUCUUACAGAAGAAAUAUAAAGAUGUGGAGCCCAUCGUGAAGAUGGAGGAGGUGGAUGGUUUUAAAAUGGUGAAGGAAUUUGCUGAAGAAAUGGAGAACAUGCUGGGCAGGAAGAUGAAAUCAGUCAAGAGAAUGGCAGAGACAGCAGAGGAUGCAGAUUUAUAUCACGAGUAUAACGCAACAUUAGAGUUUGACUACUGCAAUUCAAUGUUGAUUAACACGCUGGAUGAGGAAGGAAACUAUGUGUCGCUGGGUGGUGAAUUUGCUCUGGAGGAGAAUGAACACUUUAACAAACUGCCAGUUAACACCCAGCAGAGUGUCAUACAAGUGCCCACCAAUGUCUAUAACAAAGACCCUGAUAUUCUGAACGGGGUGUUUAUGUCAGAAGCUCUAAACGAAGUGUUUGUCAGUAACUUUGAAAAGGACCCGACUCUUACGUGGCAGUAUUUCGGCAGUUCAACAGGAUUUUUCAGACUUUACCCCGGAAUCAAGUGGACACCUGAUGAAAAUGGAGUUGUCACAUUUGAUGGCAGGAAUCGCAACUGGUAUAUCCAGGCUGCGACGUCCCCCAAAGAUAUCAUCAUCGCUGUGGACAUAAGCGGCAGUAUGAAGGGUUUAAGGCUUACUAUCGCAAAACACACCAUAAACACCAUUCUAGAUACACUCGGCGAAAACGACUUUGUCAACGUCAUCGCAUAUAGUGAUUAUGUCCGAUAUGUAGAGCCCUGUUUUAAAGGUACACUGGUACAGGCCGACCUGGACAACCGGGAGCACUUUAAACUGCUGGUGGAGGAGUUGCAGGUGAAGGGUGAAGGCAAAGUAAAGAAAGCCAUGAAAGAGUCCUUCAAGAUUCUGAAUGAGGCAUCAGCAGAGGGCAGGGGUAGUUUAUGUAACCAAGCAAUAAUGUUGAUCACUGAUGGGGCCAUGGAAGAUUUUCAGCAGGUGUUUGAGGAGUUCAACUGGCCAGACCGCAAGGUGCGUGUUUUCACUUAUCUGAUUGGACGAGAGCUGACAUUUGCUGACAAUGUCAAAUGGAUUGCCUGCAACAAUAAAGGUUACUACAUGCACAUCUCAACUUUGGCGGAUGUACAGGAGAAUGUGAUGGAAUAUCUUCAUGUGCUCAGCAGGCCAAUGGUCAUCAACCAUGAUCAUGACAUCAUUUGGACGGAGGCUUACAUGGACAGUGUGCUACCAAAUACAGCUGAGCUUUUUAACACACAGGCCGAGAGCUUGCUGCUGAUGACGUCUGUGGCCAUGCCUGUCUUCAGCAAGAAAGAAGAAACACUGUCCCAUGGCAUCCUCCUUGGUGUGGUUGGCACUGAUGUCCCUUUGAAAGAGCUCAUGAGAUUGGCUCCUCGAUACAAGCUCGGGGUUCACGGCUAUGCGUUCCUGAACACCAACAAUGGUUAUAUCCUCUCCCAUCCCGACCUUCGACCUCUCUAUAAAGAGGGAAAGAAGCUCAAGCCAAAGCCAAACUAUAACAGCGUGGAUCUCUCAGAGGUGGAGUGGGAGGAUACAGAAGACGCAUUGAGAACAGCAAUGGUAAAAGGGGAAACUGGCACACUCUCUCUGGAUGUCAGAGCGACGGUAGACAAAGGAAGAACAGUUGUUUUCCUGAAAAAUGAAUAUUAUUACACUACCAUCAAUGAAACUCCUUUCAGCCUUGGAACUGUACUUACCAAAGGUUACGGGAAGAAUGCUUUCAUUGGAAAUGUGUCAGUGGAAGAAGGCCUGCAUGACCUGACUGCAUCUGAUGUCACUAUAGCUAACGAAUGGACGUACUGCGAGACGGACAUUGAUCCACAUCACCGAAAGCUCACGCAGUUUCAGGCAGUGGUUCGAUACCUGACGGGGAAAGAACCGGACCUGGAGUGUGAUGAAAAGCUCCUGCAGCAGACUCUCUUUGACGCAGUGGUCACGGCUCCUAUGGAAGCCUACUGGACCACGCUGCUGCUCAACGCCUCCGGCAUCGAUGGGGGUGUAGAGACGGCAUUCCUGGGCACACGUUCCGGUCUCAUGAGGAUGAUCAGAUACACGGGCGUAGAGAAACGUGUGGCCAAUAAAUUCUUAUUACCAUCCGAUAAGGAGAAUCUUUUCACUAUGGACCAUUUCCCUGUGUGGUACCGACGGGCAGCAGAGUAUCCAGCUGGACGAUUUCUGUACUACGUCCCUGCAGGCGACAACAAACGAGCCGGCGGCAAAUUUGUGAUUGCUGUCACAUCUGUUACGGUCAACGUGAACAAAAAGACAGCCGUUGCUGGAGCCAUCGGGGUUCAGAUGUCUCUGGUGAUGUUAGCAAAAAGGUUCUGGUCCAUAGCCACUCAGGCUAAUGAAACAGAUUGUUCAGCAGUAGAGGGACUUUGUCCUUUGAGCUGUAUUGAUAAUGCUGAUAUUAACUGCUAUGUCACUGACAGUAAUGGCUUCAUCAUCAUUUCUGAAGACAAGACAGAUGUUGGCAGGUUUCUGGGGGAAGUUGAUGGCUCAGUGAUGUCACAGCUCUUGAGAAUGGGCAUGUUUAAAAGAGUUUCUCUCUAUGACUAUCAGGCCAUGUGUAAAGUGCAUUCUCACUCUGCAAGCAGCGCUCGACCCCUGCUCAGCCCAUUUUAUAACCUGCUGGCAACACUGAGAUGGUUCCUCUCAAACGGCCUGUUGUUUUUACUGGACUUCAACAUUUACAGUCUGUGGCAGUCAGAUCACUUUGUGGAAGCAAAGAGCUCAUUCCAUGCAUCCAGUAAGAAGUCAAAGGGGGGCCUUCUGCAACCAUGUGAUACUGAGUAUCCAAGCUUCAUCUAUGAGCCCUCAAUCAAAGAAACAAAUAGCAUCAUCAAGUGUGGGAGAUGUCAAAAGAUGUUUGUGAUUCACCAGGUUCCUGACAGUAACCUUUUGUUGUUGGUGAUUCAGGCAGACUGUGACUGUUCUAGACAGUAUUCACCUAUAACUUUGGAGCCCAAAGAGGUCAAAUACAACGCCUCAGUAAAAUGUGAUCGAAUGAGAUCUCAGAAAAUACGAAGACGGCCUGAAUCUUGCCAUGCCUACCAUCCUCAUGAAAAUGCCAAGGACUGCGGUGGAGCCGUGUCAAUUAGCCUAUCUAUUAUACUCUUCUUAGCAUGUUUAUUGAUUUCGGCGCUCAUCCGUCGAUGACAGUCUAACUCUCGAAAAGAAAUCACACAAUUCAGCAUGCUGUUUAUAUUAGCAUAUGAGUUAAACUAGAACAUAAGAUCUUACAUUUUCUACACUGAAAAGUCUGUUCAAUCAAGUGUAUGUAGCGUUCCUUGUUACAUUUUAAAAGUGUGGAUUUUUUUAAAGAGUUCUGGAAAUUUGCAUAGUUUGUUUUGACACUUUGUCUAAACAAUAUGCAAAAACAGACCAAGACCGAAUAAAAUGUGUCCAAUUUCUGGUUGAAUGUUGAAUUAGUGACUAGCCAUACCACUGUGAAUCUUUCUUUUACUCUGUUUGGGAAUUUGAAGAUGUCUUGUAUUAAACCCAUGUGAGCAAAUACAUUUUUUUUGACAAUACCACUACGCUUAAUUAAUUUAGGACAUCUGUAACAUCAUUACUAUUUUGAGAGCUGUCUCAUAAAAAUAUAAAAUUAUGUUUACUUUGUUGCAUGUUUUGAGGGGUGUUAUAGACUAGCGUGAAUGUGAUUAUUCACUGUCACUGUGCAUUGCUGAUGUCUAAUAAUUAAGUUACUUAUUUACAUGCAUGUUUAAAACCCGUACAUGAUUGUUUUCUGUGGAACACAAAAGAAGAUAUUUUGAGAAAUGUCUCGGUGGUUUUGUGUCCAUACAGUGGAAGUCAAUUGAGGCCAAUGUUGUUUGGAUACCUUCUUCAAAAUAUCUUUUUUUGUGUUCUGCAGAAAGUCAUACAGGUUUGGAAUGACAUGAGGGUGAGUAAAUGAUCAAAUAAUACACAUCUUUUUAACAUUCAUUAAGGGGAUUGGUUACAGGAGUCUCAUGUCUUAUUGUGCACCCAAAACC